AUGCAGGACAGAUCCGAAAAUGUACAAGGCGGAGGCGGCAGCGGUAACGCGAACACCUCCCCGCCCACCGUUAACACGGCACCGCCUGACGUAGCCACCGUCGCCCGCCUUCCAGCCUUUUGGUGGCACGCGCCCGAGCACUGGUUCACCCAUGCAGAAGCAACCUUCGCGUUUCAACGCAUUUCAGCAAACAACACACGCGUCAACCACGUGUUGACCGUGCUCGAUGAAGAGGGCAUUCGCACCGUCGCUGACCUGCUCGGGUCCUCAGCCACGUUUGUAGUUUUGUACUUACCAUUUUGGUUUGAACUAUCCGGUAAAAUUCCUUCAGUGGGUGUUGUUGGUGUUGAGUUGGACAUAUUAUUUUCGAACUUCAAACAAAUAACUGAAAUAACAAUAACCAAUAUUUUGAAGGACUUUGAUGUGGCUUAUCCUGGAUUUAGUGAUCGAUUGUAUCAAACUUUACCUCUGUGCAAAAAUAAAAUUUUCAAAUUGGCAACAGAGAAAAUUAAUAAAUCCAAGGACCUUUCAACCAAUCAACUUUUGAAGGAGUAUGUGCAGUUGAGCUCUGAAGAUAACGAAGAAAUUUCAAAUCUUGCUGUGUUACUGUGUCUACCAUUUCUGAUUGGCAUAUCCAUUUCUAAAGGGAAAAAAGCAAAACUGCAAUGGAGACCAUCAAAAGUAGAGAUGAGGGAUGGUUUCAUAACACACGUGUUGAAUAGUGCCGAAGUAAAAGAAACAAUAUCAAGAAGAAGAGAUAAAUUGGUAAGAUUAGGCCAAACUUUACAGCCAUUUGUAUUAAUAGUGGGUUCUUCUUUAAAAGAGAUUUCUAAUUACUUUGUGAUAGUUGAUAAUACAUUUUAUCGUUUAAGUUCAAUACUUUCAGCAGUCGAUUGCUGUUUCAAAAUUAUAAUCACACUUAACGCUAAAUAUCCAUCAGAGAGUGAAGCUAUUUGGUAUUUUAUUCAAAAAGGGUUAUACAAAUUAAAUACACCGUUAGAUAAAAACUUUACGGCAGUCAAUGCUUUUUUAUCAGACGUUGAAAUAACUAUUUAAAACUGUAUAUUUUUAUUUUUUAAAUUUAA